CGAAGCUUCGUUGACGUGGGGGCUCAUAUUACGGUUGCCUCGCGAAGCCAGGCAUGAGCAUGAAACUCCUUGUCAGCCAUGAGCUUCUUGCAGGGGAUUAUGGACUCGCUCAGCUCAAUCUUGUCUUCCCCCAAUUCUUCUAAUGAUGAUUCUCCUUCGAAUCCCAACCUUCCCAGCUCUUCGAAUAUGGAAGGCGGGCCUACCCCCUCAAUUUCUAAUGAACGAGUCGCUUACAAGCUCAAAGGGUAUUUCGAUUUGGCCAAGGAAGAGAUUGCCAAGGCUGUUAGGGCCGAAGAGUGGGGCUUGAUCGAUGAUGCUAUUCUUCAUUAUAACAGCGCUCAGCGGAUUUUGAUCGAAGCCAGUUCAACUGCUGUGCCUUCCUAUAUUACUUCCAGUGAACAACAGAAGGUCAAAUCUUAUCGUGAAAAAAUAUCGAAAUGGCAGGGUCAAGUUUCUGAAAGGUUACAGAUUCUAAGCAGACGAGCAGGCAGCAAGCCCACUAUUCAGAAAACUGCAACUGAGGGACAAACUGCUGCAGUUUCAUUUAAGCCAUCAAAUGCUAGAAAAGGCGUGCAGCAAAAGAAUCAUCAAAGAACAAACCAUAUGGAUAAAGAUGUAAGCCCAAAAUCUAGUCAGACAUCUGGCGGAAAUUAUGAUGCAAAAUUAGUUGAAACAAUUAACACUGCCAUAGUAGACAGAAGUCCUUCUGUUAGAUGGGAAGAUAUUGCGGGUCUUGAGAAGGCGAAGCAAGCACUAAUGGAAAUGGUUAUUUUGCCAACUAAGAGAAGAGAUUUAUUCACUGGUCUUCGAAGGCCAGCCAGAGGUUUGCUUCUCUUUGGUCCCCCAGGUAAUGGCAAAACCAUGCUUGCCAAAGCAGUAGCUUCAGAAUCAGCAGGAACAUUUUUUAACGUAUCUGCAGCUUCCUUGACGUCAAAAUGGGUUGGUGAAGGUGAAAAGCUUGUCCGGACUCUUUUCAUGGUAGCUAUAUCCAGGCAACCAUCAGUGAUUUUCAUUGAUGAGAUUGACAGUAUUAUGUCAACAAGGUUGGCUAAUGAGAAUGAUGCAAGCAGACGAUUAAAAUCUGAAUUUCUUAUCCAAUUUGAUGGGGUAACCUCCAAUCCUGAUGACAUUGUAAUUGUUAUUGGAGCUACCAAUAAGCCACAAGAACUGGAUGAUGCAGUUCUUCGGAGACUGGUGAAGAGAAUUUACGUACCUUUGCCAGAUGCAAAUGUUCGGAGACUUCUACUAAAGCACAAACUCAAGGGUCAAGCGUUCUCAUUGCCUAGUGGAGAUCUGGAAAGGCUUGUAAAAGAUACAGAAGGAUAUUCCGGAAGUGAUCUACAAGCCUUGUGUGAAGAAGCGGCAAUGAUGCCAAUAAGAGAGCUGGGUUCUGACAUCCUAACUGUUAAGUCAAAUCAGGUAAGAGGACUGAGAUAUGAGGAUUUUAAGAAGGCAAUGAAAGUAAUUAGACCCAGUUUAAACAAAAGCAAGUGGGAAGAGCUUGAGCGGUGGAAUGAAGAGUUUGGCUCUAACUGAAGUCUCUCAUUCACAACAUGAUCCAUGGAAGAGAGUGAAUCAAAGUGAAGCUAAAUCUUCGUAUAAUGCCUAAUCUGAAACGUUUAAUCCUACCUGGGCCAUUCACUUUUCCAUUGAAUCUUGGGAAAAUCCUUAUGAGGUUCCAAGAAAAGAAUAUAACCAUACAGAAAUCCUAAUGACAAGCAAGACCUUGUUGUCAUUUACUACCAUGGAAUUUUUCAUUCAUUUGUUAUAGGAUUUUUGGGUAAUUACAUACCUUCCUUGGAAUCACACUGUGAUUUUCCUUUGAAUAUCUUUGUCCAUAUAUGUGUAUGCUCUGUAAGGAUUGGAUGCCAUUAUUUUACUUUUAUUUUCAUUUCUUGUAUUCUUUCCUCCUCUUGAGUGCAAAUAGAUAUCCUUCA